AAUUAGUUGGAAAACUGCCAUCUACUGGUUUGGGCAUCAACGGUCUGAUCUCAUCCGGGUGCAAUAUACAUGGUGGCUGUAAACAAAUGUCUUCGUGUCAACAAUUCUCUCCGUUUCAUUGAACGUUUUUUGUGUUUCACAAGAAAAAAAUCGUUGUAGGAUGUAAGCGUAUCUAAGAUCGUACCCAGGAGUAAGAUUUUGGAAAUGGCAGAGACUUUUAGUGACAAUUCAAGUGAUUCAGCAGCAGAAAUUUCGAAUACGGCUACCGUUGGUUUCAAACCACAAUCAGGUCUGCAACGACUAGAUAUUAUUGGUGCUUCUCCUAGAGCACUAGACGUUGUCAAUCUUUUAGAUUCCCAUGUUGUUUUAUUACCUGGAGGUAGAGACCCUAAUGGUCACCCACUCGUCACAUUUCCUAACAUAGGGAGUUUAAGGGAAAAGGUUGGAAGAGAAGAUUACAAGAAGGUUCUACAUUAUUUGGCUUCUAUUACCAGUCCGGAAUGCCAAGAAGUUGGUUUUACUGUCAUUAUUGACACUAGAGGCUCUUCUUACAAUGCAAUUAAACCAAUAUUAAAAACAUUAGAGGAAGGGAAAAUCCCUAAUUUAAAAAUUAAUCAUGUUUACCUUACAAAGCCAGAUACAUUUUGGCAGAAACAGAGGACUUUGCUGGCCAAAGGAAAAUAUCGUUUUGAGACUGAAAUGCUAAGUCUCGAAGGAUUGGCAAAAAUAGUUGAUUUAAGCCAGUUGCCAUCUGAUCUAAAUGGAAAUUUGCAAUAUAAUCAUCAAUCAUGGUUGGAGAUGCGUUUGGCUGUGGAAGACUGCUUGUCCAAAGCUAAUGAUUUACUAGAUUCAUAUGAGGAUGUGAAAGACCAAAUGGAGGAUUUGGUUACUUGGCUAGAAGAUUGGAAAUAUGGAGGCCACGAAAAUCAUGGCGUAGAAUAUCUUAAAGACAAUCUGCAAAGACACACUGAAAUCCGUAAAAGGAUUCGGAAUGAAACCGUAGAGCAAUUGCAAGGUUUAGUACACAAUGUCCUCCAAAGGAUAAAAUCGGACCCAUUUCUCAAUUCAAAUCCUGAAUUCCAUUACAGUGUUAUCCUAUUAACUAAAGCAAUGCACGCAAUUCAAAAAGCGUAUGGGCACGUGUGUGAUUCUUGGCAGCAAAGAAAAUUACAGUUAGAUCAAGGAAUUCAACUUCGAAUGUUCGAAGCUGACUGUCAAAAGAUGUUUGAUUGGAUGUUCCAAUCACGAGAGGAAUUUCUUAUAAACUAUUUUGAUAUUGGAAAUUCUCAUGUUUCGUCCAAAGAAUUACAGGAGCAUCACAAAUGUUUUUCUCUCAGCUCAAUGGAUAUGUACGUUACGGUUAACCGCCUCCUGUCUCUGGCAGGGCGUCUUUUAGACAGCCGUCAUUUUGCGUCUUCCUCUAUACGACAAGUGGCUCUUCUUCUGGAAAAAGGGUGGAAAGAAUUUGCAUCACUUCUCGAUUUACGAACUCAGGUUUUAGGCCUGAGCGUAACCUUCCAUCAAAAAGCUGAGCAGUACGUAAGCAGCGUUCCGGUUUGGUCGCCGCAGUGUGAUGAUGUAGCACCCAAUGGCGCUGGUGCAGCCAAUCCGAACGAGGGCCUGUUAGAAAAUGCUAUCCAUCACCAUCAAUCGCUUUACGAGCUCAUGUGCUUGAACUACACGGAAGUUCAUUCGACUAGCAAGAAAUUACUUUAUCAACUAGACCAUUUGGUACAGCUAGCCAACCAAACUAGAGCAGACGCUACUAAUGAAAAACAGACAUAUCCCAAGCCGAAACCAUGGCCAUUAUCAUCAAACCCUGCCGAUGAUUACUCAAAAGGUGCCUCUCAUGUUUUGGCGGUUAUUCAUCAAAUUUUGAAUCAUCAUAGGCAAUUGGAACAAAAGUGGGGCCUGAAGAAAGUCAAGUUGCAUCAGAAGCUUGCGCUACGGUUGUUCCAGGACGAUGUGAAACAGGUACUCGAUUGGCUUGAAAAUCACGGUGAAGUCUUCCUGCGGAAAAAUGUUGGAAUUGGACGGAAUUUGGUGAAAGCAAAAUCAUAUCAAAGAAGCCAUCAGCAUUUCGAAUGCGUCGCUCAAAACACUUUUACAAAUGCUGAAAAACUGUUGGCUGCAGCGGAAGAAUUGGCUCAGACUGGGGAAUGUAGUCCCAAUGAAAUAUAUGCCGUUGCUCGACAACUAGAGCAACAUGUUGGUCGUUUCAUCAACCGCGUGGCUCAAAGACGCCAUGUGUUGGACUUAGCGGUUUUGUUUUACACACACUUGGCGGAAGUCACUGCUUGGCUUGAAAGUUUGCGGCGCCAUUUGUUGGAAGAUUUGAAUUUCAGCACCGGCACUCCAUCGUUAGAGGACACUCAGAAUAUCCUGGAGCAAAUGGCUUUACGCAAAGACUCAACGACGGAAGGAUGCUUGAACACACUAGCUGAAGGCACUUCGUUGAUUGAACAGUUGAGCGCUGUUGGGCAAACGGCGGAAAACGACACUACGGGUUCUUUCAGCGUGAUCGAAUCGUCAAUGGAAAGACUGAAUCAGUUGAACGAGGAGGUUCUGACGUUCUGGAAAGACCAAAACAUAAAACUGGAAAUGUAUAUCCAGUGGAAGCAUUGGGAACGAGACGCCGUUGAAGUUUCUUCCCAGUUGGAAAUGUGGUCUCAAGAGCUCAGCGCGGCUCAGAAUGGGACUGAAGCUCCUCCCACUGGAGUUAGCGGAGACGUUAUGGGAGAUGUUGCUCGUACAGAGUCCCUCCUGCAGCAUCACAAUGAUUCAUUGAAUCAUAUGCAGAACGCCGUUUUCAAUAUCCUCCAACGCGGACAGGAGAUCCUUCACAUGUUGGAGACUUCCAAUCCCGAUGCUCAAUUGUUGCAAGGCUCAGAAUCGCGCACGCAGACUCUAUUGGAAGCACUUCACAAGUCUCGGAUGGAUCUCGAUGAUAUAGCUGAAGUCAGACGCGUUAGUCUUGAACUCGACGUACAGAUAGUUCACCUGCAAGUAGAAGCCAAUCAGGUCAUGUCAUGGAUUCGAAACGGAGAAGCCAUGCUCUUAGCCUCCCUUUCUCUUCCAAAUAAUUUGGCCGAAGCCGAACAACUGCGGGGAGAGCACGGCCAUUUCCAGGUGGCCAUAGAGCGAACGCACGCAUCGGCUAAUCAGUGUCUCAGAAAAGCUGAAACCCUCCUUCACUCGACGUCGGGGGGACUAAGCAACCCGCAGCGGCAAACGCUCAGCGAUAUUAUUAAUGGCGUGACACACAAGUGGCAAAAUCUCGUUCAAUGUGCCGAAGAGAGACACAAACUCGUUACAGCUAGUCUCAAUUUUUACAAAACCGCUGAACAAGUGUGCUCUGUGUUGGACAGCCUUGAACGCGAGUACCGCAGAGAAGAGGACUUCUGUGGAUCGGCCAAUGCAUCAGUCAACCAUGUGAUAGAUGAAAACGUAAAAUUGGAUGUCAUGCCUCAACUGAUUCACCGCCAUCAAGAACAAAAAGAAAACUUUCUCAAAGCUUGCACUCUUGCUAGACGUACGGCUGAAACCUUCCUCAAGUAUUCCAGUCGCAGCCUUCAGUUUUACUCUUUGAAGGGUGAAGCGAGUUAUCGAGGCCCUGAACAAAGAGUUAAAGGUAUUUUAGAAAAGUUGCUUAGUCAAGAAAAUCGAGUGCUGGAAGUUUGGUCGGGACGGAAAAAGCGAUUGGAUCAGUGCAGCAAUUUUAGCGCAUUCAUUCGGUCCGUCCGCCAAGUGCUAGACUGGCUGGCCACAUCCGGAGAGAGCUACCUGUCUUUGCAUCCAAUCAGAGAUAUAAAAAACAUUUCCAAGGACGUUGCUCAGGAAUGGCUGGAGGACAAUAAGAAGUUCAGAGAAGAGGCCAAGGAAAUUCGUGAUAAAGUCAAAUUACUUUUACAGCUGGCCGAAACAUUGCUGUCUAGUGGGAAUAACGUUCACACUCAAGCCAUUAGUCAUUGGUCCGACAACGUCGACCUGAAAUACAAGGACUUUAGCUGCCGUAUCGACCAACUAAAGUUACAAUUGGAAGCCCGCCUAGGCAUUACGCUGGCCAGGUCACCCACAGACCCCAAACCAGAGCUAUCUAUCCCCUCUCAGCCGCAGCCACCACCGCCGAGUCAACAACCGGAUGAUGGCAAGAGAAAAUCGGCUCGUCGAAAGGAGUUCAUCAUGGCUGAGCUAUUGCAGACAGAACAGACUUACGUCAAAGACUUGGAAAUCUGCAUCAAAUUUUACUUCAAUGCUCUGCGUAACCAGAGCAACGAGUUCAAAGCGCAGCCAGGCCUGGUCAACAAGGAGGACGUCUUAUUCUCCAACAUGAAAGAUAUCCUGGACUUUCAUAAAGAUACUUUCCUUAAAGAGCUCCAGAAAUACGAAGCCAUGCCAGAGGAUGUGGGCCAUUGUUUUGUGACGUGGGCCCAGAAAUUCGACAUCUACGUUCAUUACUGUAAAGAUAUGCAGGAGUCCAACGCGGUGCUAGUCCAACACGGGGGAGUACCUUUCUUCGAAGCGGUUCAGAAGAAAUACAACAUUGAACAUCCCAUCAGUGCCUACUUGAUCAAACCGGUUCAGCGAAUCACCAAAUACCAACUUUUGCUGAAGGAGCUACAAAGCUGCUGCGAUGAAGAGGGUAAAGGAGAGCUGAAGGACGGACUUGAAGUGAUGCUGAACGUCCCGAAGAAAGUAAACGACGCACUUCACGUCUCGUUAUUGGACGGUUGCGAUUUGUCGCUCGACAAGUUGGGAGACGUCAUCAUGCACGACACCUUUCAAGUAUGGGAUCCCAAGCCUUUGAUCCGGAAAGGUCGUGACCGGCAUCUAUUUCUGUUCGAGUUGCAUCUAAUCUUUGCCAAAGAAGUCAAGGACUCGCAGGGCAAAUCAAAGUACGUGUUUAAACAACGCCUGUUCGUGAGCGAUGUUGGCGUGAACGAGAUCAAUGAAGGGGGAGGCGACGAGUGCAAAUUUGUCAUCUGGAGUCGAAGGUCUUCCUCGUUACCCGACGGCAAAAUCAUUCUCAAGGCCAAUUCCAGCGAAGUCAAGAACGCCUGGGUCCGCAAGAUGAAAGAAGUGGUGCAGGAGUCGUAUCUCAAUAGCGCUCUUCCGCUCUCCAACGUCAGUCUCGAGCCCAUGCCCAAAAGCCCGCUGAAAGUGAGAUCGACUGCGCAGCGGACCAGCAGGGAAAUGGAGGAUCACAAUGAGCUGGACGACAGGAAUUCGCUGACGUCGCACGGCUCGGCCAACGCUGAUAACGACAAGGGAGCGAGAAGUACGACUCCGUCGGAUGCUGGAUCGACCGCCGCCUCGUCGACCACCACAUGGGAAGGUGCUACUUCGCCACCGGUGUCCUCGUCAACGCAUUCGGUCGAAUCUGAAUUCACGGAAAAUCACGAUGGUGCUCCGGCCGCCACGGCCACGUCGCCCUUAAGCAAACGCAAAGUCUUCGGCGGGCGCAAAUGGGGACUGCCCGUCUUCCGCAAAUCCAGCCAAGGGAAACUGGAUCCAGUAGCCAGUAGCGGCAGUCACACGAUUACAACUUUGCCCGUCACAUCCAGCGGCAGCAACAACAACAGCGGCGGCUCCAACAAUCGACUUCCGGCGCCGUUCCGCAAGUCGCAGAGCGACAAGAAAUUCAAGCUGCCGGCCAGGACAAUCGGAGAGAUGGGCAAUAAAGAGAGCGUCGAAUUCAUCACGACAGGCGGAUCGGGUCCAGGACCGGGAACAGCUGCCGGUGAUCCCACCAAGCCCGUCAUGAGGACGUCUCUCUCCAUGGAACCAACUUCAGGUACAAACGACGAGGAAGAAGUGGACGUGGAAUUGCCCCCACCGAUGCCGCUAGUCAGUACGGCCACGUCGGUCGGCCAACAGCACAACAACAGUUUGGACAACAAUUCAGCCACGCCUUUGGCCAACCUCCACAGUCAGGUUCCUAGCGCCGGUGGCGUCGAUGGCGUCGUCGGUGGCGAUCAUCAUCUGGUGACUGAAAUUGAAGAUCUCGUCCGUGAGAAAAUGGAGCAUCACAGCGAGAACGUGCUAGGACUUGGCUCGCAAGGAAUGUCUUCCCUGGACGAGCAAGAGCAGGGAUUGCGCAGCAUGCAGCUCGGCAUCAAUCCGGAUGAUGUCGAACCCAUUUUGAGGAAACGUCAGUACGUCUUGCAGGAGCUGGUAGAGUCGGAGAGGGACUACGUCCGUGAUCUGGGCCAGAUCGUCGAUGGUUACAUGGCGCUGAUGAGUCUGGGAAUCAAUGGAGGGCAAUCUGCCAACGUCAGCGAUCCUAGCAGCCUGCCGCCACCCGUCCCGGACGAUCUCAGAGAAGGCAAAGACAAGAUCAUUUUCGGCAACGUCGAGGCCAUCUACAACUGGCACAACGACGUCUUCCUGCAAGCCAUUGAAAAGUGCGGCGAGAACGUGGGCGAGUUGGGGCCUUUGUUCAAGCGCUCCGAGCGCAAGCUGCACAUGUACAUCGUCUAUUGUCAAAACAAAGCCAAAUCCGAGUACAUUGUCUCCGAGUACAUCGAUACCUACUUUGAAGAGCUGAGACAGCGACUCGGCCACCGUCUGACUAUCUGUGAUCUCCUCAUCAAACCCGUUCAAAGGAUUACCAAGUACCAGCUGCUGCUGAGAGACUUGGUUCGCUACACUGAGAAAGGGCUAGACAUUCUCGCCCGGCGGAGUAGUGACGACGAUGUGAGCGCUAACGCCGCCACCGCCAACACGGACCACCUGCGCAGCUCGCUACAGGACGAGGUGGACACGCUGUCGCGGGCUCUCCACAUCAUGACCAUCGUGCCCAAAAUGGCCAACGACAUGAUGAUGGUCGGCAGACUCCAGGGUUUUGACGGAAAAAUAACCGCCCAGGGCAAAUUGCUACUCCACGGCCAGCUUUACUGCUGCACGGAGCUGAGCAAAGUGCCGUCCAAAGAGUUCAAGGAGCUCCAAGUCUUUCUCUUCGAGCAGGCCAUCAUUUUCAGCGAAAUUGUCGGCAAACGCACGCAGUUUAUCCAGCCCGUCUUCAUUUACAAAGCUCACAUUCAGAUGAACAAAAUGUCGCUGGAUGAGAAAUUCGAAGUGGGAGAGGCCGGAGAGCCGCUCAAGUUUUUAGUCAAAUCAACAGAUCCGAGACACACGAGCACCGGCGGCAGCGGAUCGGGCGCAUCAUCCAGUGGUGCUCAUUGCGCCUUCGUCUGUUACGCACCCAAUCCCGAAGCCACCAACGAGUGGGUGGAAACCAUUAAACAGAUCCUCCAGUCGCAACGCGAUUUCCUCAAAGCCAUCCAGUCACCCAUCAAGUACCAGAAUGAGCAGCAGAGAUUGAGCGGAGCGGGCGGUGCCUCCGGAAGUCUGGCCAGCCAGCAUUUUGAUCAUUGGCCCAGCUUAACAACUCGGCAGCCAUUCAAGCGAGGGGUGUCGUUCAACGCGAGCGAGAGUUCUAGCGGCAAAUGCGCCGGAAGUGCGGAAGGAGGAGCCGAGAAGAACGAGGGUGAGAAGCGGAAAAUAUCGGGGACUUCGUCGGGUCUUCUGUCUCCCGUCUCGCCGGCAGUGACGGCCAAGCCCAAGAGCGCCUCGUUCAGCGUCAAACCGCCUCCGCCUCGACGCCUCUCCUGGUUCUCCAGCCCGGGCGAAGCGGCCCGUCAGAGGGAGAGAGAAAUCAGAGUCGGUGGCAGGGCCAAAAGUCGAACCUUGUCUAUCGAUCAAGGCAGGUCCAGCAGCCGUGAUUGUCAGCCGGACAAGGAAGACCAAUUAGAGCCAGCUCAGCAGCAGCAGCAACACCAUUCACACUUUGCCGUGCUGAAUCACCUGCGCAGCUCGUUCAAACAUUACACCAGCAAGAACCGCAACAAAGACAUCGGGUGAUAUUUUUGUAUGUACACUUUUCGACGUCACGCGAUAUUACAUCUAAAGAGUUAUCACUAUUUUUUCUGCAAAAUUUAUAAUGACGAUUUCGUUCGAGGCUUCAAGCGCUCGAACUCAAACUUUUCGUGUGAUAACCGAAAAAUAAAAUAAAUCUUAAUUUUUCUCAAGCCAUCUUGCCGUUGCGUGUGUAAUUUUAUCAAUCGUAAUAUUUGUCCCGUAUUUUUUCUUUUCUUUUUUCUUUUUCGUUUUUUUUCCCGUUUUGCGAGUGUCUGUAAACAUUCCACGUUCGUGUCGACACUCGCGAUUUCUAUGCAGAAAUGUCGUUUGAUAUGUUGUACAGGCUAAAAGAGGUCAGGAGUGUUACUAAUGAAUACAAUUUUUCUUGAAUAAAAACCAGUUUGAAUGUGUAA